AUGAAGACUUGCGCGAUUCUUACGGCCCUCGGCUGCCUUGCUGGGAGUGUUCUUGGCCAUGGACAAGUCCAAAACUUCACCCUUAACGGCGUGUACAACCAGGGCUUCAUUCUGGAUUAUUACUAUCUGAAGCAGAACACUGGUAAAUUCCCCAACGUCGCAGGCUGGUACGCCGAGGACCUAGACCUGGGCUUCAUCUCCCCUGACCAAUACACCUCGCCCGACAUUGUCUGCCACAAAAACGCAGCGCCAGGUGCCAUCUCUGCCACUGCGGCAGCCGGAAGCACCAUCGUCUUCCAAUGGGGUCCUGGCGUGUGGCCUCACCCAUACGGUCCCAUCAUCACCUAUGUGGCUGAGUGCAGCGGGUCGUGCACGACCGUGAACAAGAACACCCUGCGGUGGGUCAAAAUCCAGGAGGCGGGCAUCAACUACAGUACCCAAGUUUGGGCGCAACAGGAUCUUAUCAACCAGGGCAACAAAUGGACCGUAAAGAUUCCCUCGAGCCUCAGGCCCGGAAACUAUGUCUUCCGACAUGAAAUUCUUGCUGCCCAUGGUGCCUCGAGUGCAAACGGCAUGCAGAACUAUCCUCAGUGCGUGAACAUUGCCGUCACAGGCUCGGGCACCAAAGCGCUCCCUGCCGGAACCCUUGCAACUCAGCUCUACAAGCCCACUGACCCCGGCAUUCUGUUCAACCCCUACACGACGAUCACUAGCUACACGAUCCCUGGCCCAGCCCUGUGGCAAGGCUAG